UCUGUGCUUACAAUUUCAGAAACUAAGUAGUACUUUCAAUAAAUAUCUACAUGUCACAAUGUUAAUUGCUGAUCCUGUGAAAGAUUUUUAUCGAAAGAUUCUCCAUGAACGAGUUCUCUUACUUGUAGCCUUGGAUGUCGAUGCACUCGCUGCAUGUAAGAUUUUACAGGCAUUAUUCAAAUCUGAUCAUGUGCAAUAUACAUUGGUACCCGUGGAGAAUCAAGUCGACGUGGAGAAAGCAUUCAAUGACCACAAAGAUCAAUAUAAUAAUGUUAUAAUGUUGAAUUGUGGAGGAAAUAUCGAUCUGUUGGAAAUUCUAGAACCUCCAGACGAAGUUACUAUUUAUGUCAUUGACAGUCAUAGACCUGUUGAUUUGGUAAAUUUUUAUUGUGAACGACAAGUGUAUUUACUUAUGAAGCACGAACAUGACGAGCUUGCGGCGAUUCCAGACUAUGAUGAUCUUUAUAAAGAGGAAGAUUCAGAUGCAGAGAAAGAUUCUGGAGCUGAAUCUGAUGAUCCUACGCAACAGAGUUCCAAGAGGAGAAGGUUCGAUGAGGAUGUUCUUGAAAAAAGAAGAGAGAGGCGUCACUGGGAGGAAAAAAGAAAGGAAAUUUUAUUUGAAUACGAAGAGUUUUCUUAUAAUGGUACAUCUGUUGCCUUGUUGAUGUACGAACUCGCGUGGAAAAUGUCUAAAGACAACAAUGACACCUUGUGGUGGGGAAUCAUCGGUGUUACGGACCAAUUUCAAAACAAAAAAAUUGGGCGUGAUAAGUAUGUUUCUAGCGUUCUCGAACUUCAAGGUCAUAUGUCAAGGUUGAAUCACAGAUUUGAGGACGAAGAAAAUUCAACUUCUAUCAAUUGUAUGAAAAUAAAUUUCGAACAUGAUCUUGACGUUGCACUUUAUCGCCAUUGGUCAUUAUUCGAGAGCCUAUGUCACUCACCAUCAACUGCAACAGUCUUCAAAGUCUGGACAAAUAACGGAAUGAAACGAUUGCAUCAAUUUCUAGCAGAAAUGGGAAUUCCUUUAACACAAUGUAAACAAAAUUAUAACUUCAUGGAUACAAAGGUCAGAGAAAAUUUACCUUCUCUAGUUGAGGAGGCUGCUCAAAAAUUUGGCCUCACAAACAUAAGAUAUCAAUCAUUCUCCGCACAGUUUGGAUAUAAUCAUAAAAUGUGCGCCAGUGAUAUGGUUUAUUCAGUCAGUGCAAUUUUAGAAAAUGAUGAAACGGAAAAUGAAGAAACUUGUAAUAAUUUCGUUGAUGCUUUAGAUGCAUUGUCAAAAAUAAACUCUGAAUCGCUUAUAAAAGGCAUCAAGUUAGCAAAAGAGCAACUUGAAGCUAUGAAAAAUCAUGUUAGUUCAUUUAUUGACAUUGGACAGGUAAUGAGUUACGGACCUUUCCUUUACUCUUAUGUUAAAGAAGGUGGACCCGAUGUGAAAUACUUUAGCCAUCCUAUAUACUUGAAUUACUUCACCCACCAUCUUUUGCACUCUUAUCUGCGAUCUCUCGGAAAAACAAAACGCGAUAAGGCAAAAAAUUUACCGCUUGUCAUGUGCGCUCCUUUGAAUGCUGAGCAGGGAUUAUCAAUACUAAUUGGUGUACCACCUCUAGCUGAAGAUUCACGCAAAAAUCUUUUUGGUCGAGCUUUUUUACACUCCGCUGAAAGAACAAACUCACAAACUGCUCAUGAUUAUUUUGAUCCUUGUAUUAUGACUUUGAAAACAGAAGAUAGGAGUAAAUUUUUAGAUGCCCUGAUUACUAUUAUGUCCUAGAAUCACAAUAUUGAAUUGUUCUUUCUCACAUUUUUAUGUUCCAUAAGCUAUAUUGUUUCUUAUAUUAUGUUCUGUAGGUCUGUGUUAUUUGUUUUACUACCCCUAUUUUUCUAUGUAUUCAAUAGUUUUGUAUUUGUAUUCAAUUGCCCUAUUGAAAUCAUAAAGUCCGAUUUGAAUAUUGGCGAAGGACAAGUAUUAUCAGAAAGUCUUGUUUUUAUGAUUUUCUGUAUCCUCAAUUUGAAAACCCCCAGCAGAAGCAGUCUCUGAUGCAUACAAAACAAAUUUGCGGUUCUUAACCCACCCCCUAGUCACAUGCCUUGGUGAAAAUUAUGCUUGAAGUUGAAUUUUCUGCUCAUUUCUGACUCUGAUGAAUGUUCACUAAGGUAUGCAAACAAAUAUUGUUUACCAGCAUUGAAAUGUUUGCACUAUGCUUGCUUGCGUGAGGUAUUUCUAUAAAAAAAUUUGCCAUUAUCAUUGGACUUAUGUCAAUGUGUUUUGUUCGAAUAUUAUUUGAAAUGGAAGAUAUUUUGAAGCAAGAACUAGACCUUUCAUGGAUCCACUUCACAGGAGAGACAGGCAGUGGAGAAAUAUGCACUGGAAAAGCUUACAACACUAAUAAGGGGAAAAUAUUUGUAAAGCAUUAUGAACGAAGCACUGCAAUGGCAAUGUUUGAAGGUGAAUGUGCUGGCUUACAAACUAUUGGGGAUACUAAAAUUAUUAAAGUUCCCAAAUAUAAAAAGAUUGUUCAAUUAGACGAUGGAAGUGCAUUACUGGCAUUAGAGUUUCUUAAUAUGAAGCCGCUCGAGAAACAUGCCAAAUUAAUGGGACAAAAACUAGCAGAGCUACAUCUACUUAAUGCCAAAAAAAUUGCAAAAAUGGAGAAAAAUGAAUCAUACGUCAGAAAGAUGGAUAAUACUGUUGUUGUACAAAACUUUGGAUUUGAUACUGUCACUUAUAAUGGCCAUUUGAGACAGACGAAUACUUGGUGUAGCGAUUGGUUGUCGUUUUUCGUACAACAGAGAUUGAAACCCCAUAUAGACGAGUUAGAAAUAAAAUAUGGGCAUUGUGAAGCUCUAUCACUUUGGCCAAUUGUUGAAAGAAAUAUUCCUAAGCUUUUUCCUAAAGGAUUAAAAAUCACACCAUCUCUUUUACAUGGUGACCUAUGGUAUGGAAACGCAGGAGAAUUAGAAAACGAGCCCUGUGUUUUUGAUCCUAUCGCUUUUUAUGGACAUUCUGAAUAUGAUUUAUCUAUGCCUCAUGUUUUUGGUGGAUUUUCUGAACUCUUUUUUGACGAGUAUCAUAGGUUUCUACCUAAAGCUCAAGAUUUUGAUAAGAGAGAGAAAUUAUAUUUAUUGUUGUUAUAUCUUAAUCAUUGGAAUCAACUUGGUCCAGUACAUGAUGGACGUCAAUAUCGUGAAAAUGCACUGAAAUAUAUGAGAUAUCUUGCUAAUCUGUAAAUGUUUCUUGAUAAAACUUUGUAUGAAUCCAAAUCCAUACUUUUCUUUUGUAAUACGCAUCCCAAUUAAGGCAAAUUUUAGCUAAUGCUUCACCAUUCAACAUGGAAUUUACUGCUUGAAUAUAUGUUCUGAAACACGAAUUGUCAGGGCUUUGAGGGUGAUGGAAACUGAUCCGCUUUGAAACAUGAUCAAUCAACUGACAUGUCUGUUUCAAAUAGGAUUGACAAGACAGCCAGCUACUGAUAUAUAUAUUCGAGGCUUGAAUGUUUUUUUGAAAUGAUCAGAAAAUUUAUUGUUUUUUUUAUUGCUUAAUCAAUUUUUACACUCUAGGCAUAGGGUUUGAAUUCCAGAAUUUCAACUAUGGUGAUUAAUCUAGCGUAAAAUGCUAUCAAUAGGCUACUGUGCCCACAAGUUAUGGUGAUAAAAUAAAUAUUUCUGUGUCUUUACUGUCUUUAAAAUUUAAUUUAUUCCCAGCAAAUUUCAAUGUGAUGAAAUAUCAGUAAUUCUGGAAGCCAAUGUAGUAGUUGUUUUACAAAAUUUUCUAUAUUUUCAUGUAUUUGUGUAAUGCAUUUAUCUAAUAUUCAACUGUACUCUUUUGCUUAG